AUUUAAUUAAAUGAAAUGGGCUAGGUGAGGAGCGGUUGGGAUAGAGAGAAGGGAAUCGGAUGGCUGGGGUUCUGUGCCUCCCUCCUCCGAUUUUGCCUAUAAAAGGGAGAAGGAUUUCAGGAGAGGAAAGCGAAGAAUCUAGGAGAUCAUUGUGAGUUCGGGUUGGAGGAAUCAAGAGCAAUAGAAAGUCCGAGCUUUGUUUUCGGAAUCCGAAGGUUACUGCAGACAUAGCUUCUAGCACAAUGCAAAAGAAAUUCCCCAAAGCUUUGAAAUAAAAGCCAACAAGAAAUGAGCAAGAGACUUGGUCACUUACCAGAUCUGAACUGCCUAGCCACGCACAAGGAUAGCAAACACAAGACAAGAAUUCUGAGAGACGAGGAGAGAUAUAUUGUGUUUGUGAGAAUUCCUGAAAGAUUUGAUCAGAUGAAAGCCAAGAAAUGAGAAAAAGACUCACCAGAUUCGAAAUGCUUAGUAGCUACACAGAAGGAUAGCAAAAGCUGGAGAAUUAAUUCUUCUGAGAGACAAAAAGAGAUUGUAUUUGUGAGAUGAAUUAAGUUGAGAUAACCAGAAAUAUGUUGGCUUUAGUUUGAAUGCUUGACUGAACUGCUUUUUCCCUGUUUCUUUCUGCUUUUACUCUCUUGGAAACCAAAAUAGCUGUUUUCCAAGAUUGUAGGGCCAUAGCAAUGGCAUU